AUGAGCGGCGCACCAAUCUUCGAUCAAACAGGAAGAUCCUGCGUACAUGGCUUCUUCCAUGCUCACGCAUCGAGCAGGAAGCGGGUGGGCAGACCGUCAUCGACGGCGGCUUCAAAUACAGUGACAGUGCUGCGGCCGGACCCCUUCAUGGCCAAUUUCGUCGAGCCCAUGAUCCAAUGUGGCUACACCGAGACAAAGAAGGGCACAUGGACCAGCUCCAUGAGAGCUGAAUCCUUACUGGGCCUCGUCGAUCACGUCGACAUCGCCCGUUUCGUCGCCGCAGCUUUCCAAUACCCGGGGCAUACCACGGCCGGAAUCUGGGUGUCAAAAGCGAGGAUCUCUUGGUUCAAUACGAGAUGA